UUUCUUAUUUUUAAUAUAAAAGAAUGCACGAAUGAUUGUUCCAUUUUUAAACAAUUAAACAAUUGAUAUCAGAUUUUAGAUAAUAACUCGUAUGUUCUAAUGAGUGAUAAUUUUAAAUGCUGUGUCAAAGUCCUUUGAAAACUGAGAUUUUUGUCAAUCGGUCAACAUCCACGCAUUGGCACAUGCGCAUUCGUUCGUGAUUCCAGUUCGUAUGGUGUGGUUCCAUGCGAAGAAUUUAAUACUGUUUGUUCGGGUUUGCGGCUAAUGCAUUAAAAUGUCGCAAUACAGAUUGUUGGGUGCUGUUGCACAGUUUUCCUUCAUAAAUAAGAGCUAUGUGACGCGAACAGUAUAUCACCAAACUAUAAGGUCAUUUGCAAGUAUAAAUGCGAAACAUUUCAAGUACAGAGUCGUAGAUAAUGUAGCUGUGAUUACUAUAGACUCCCCAGGAAGCAAGGUUAAUACCUUGAAUGCUGAAGUGAUGGGAGAAAUUACACCAAUUUUGAGAAAUGUGGAAAAUGAUCCUUCUGUAAAUUCUGCGGUCCUUAUAAGUGGAAAGCCAGGAUGCUUUAUUGCUGGUGCAGAUAUUUCUAUGAUUCGGGAUUUUAAGACUGCCGAAGAUGGUUAUAAAGUAGCUGUAGGGGGACAAGAAAUUUUAAAUGAUAUAGAAAAGAGUAAAAAACCAAUUGUAGCUGCAAUUCAGGGCAGUUGUUUAGGAGGAGGUCUUGAGGUUGCAUUGGCCUGUCAUUAUCGAUUAGCUGUUAAUGAUGCAAAAACGAAUUUAGCAUUACCAGAAGUUAUGUUAGGUCUGUUACCUGGUGCAGGAGGCACACAAAGAUUACCUAAGUUGACUGCAAUUCCCAAUGCAUUAGAUAUGGCACUUACUGGAAAAAAUAUCAAGGCAGACAAGGCUAAAAAAAUGGGAGUUGUAGAUAUGUUAGUAAAUCGUCUUGGACCUGGAAUUGCUCCAGCUGAAGAAAAUACCAUGAGAUACUUAGAAGAAACAGCUAUCAAGGUUGCAAAAGAUAUUGCUAGUGGAGAAUUGAAAAUCAAUCGCAAACCUAAAACUCUGAUUGAUCAGCUCAUGGAUUUUGCUUUUUCUUUAAAUUUCGUUAAGGAUCAAGUAUUUAAAAAAGCAAAAGCUCAAGUGAUGAAAAUGUCUGGUGGCUUGUACCCUGCACCACUUAAGAUUCUUGAAGUAGUACGUACUGGUUUGGAUAAGGGUCCAGCUGCUGGUUAUAAUGCAGAAGCCAAAGCCUUCGGUGAGUUAGCAGUUACACCUCAAUCUAGGGGUCUUGUAAGUGUAUUCUUUGGACAGACGGCGUGUAAAAAAAAUCGUUUUGGUACACCUAAAAAUGCUGUGAAGAAACUCGCAGUUGUUGGAGCUGGUCUAAUGGGUGCAGGUAUUGUCCAAGUGAGCAUAGAUAAAGGCUAUGAUGUAGUUUUGAAAGAUACAAACGAAAAAGGUCUAUAUAGAGGCUUAGGUCAAAUACAAAAGGGCUUAGAUAAUGGUGUAAAAAGGAAAAGAUAUUCAAUUGUUCAAAAAGAUAAGUAUCUUGCUAAUUUGGAUACUACUUUAGACUAUAAAUCUUUUAAGAACGCGGAUAUAGUAAUUGAAGCUGUAUUUGAGGAUAUGGCAAUUAAACACAAAGUUAUAAAAGAAAUCGAAGCAUGUACACCAGAGUACUGUGUAGUGGCAACAAACACAUCAGCUCUUCCCAUUACCGAAAUAGCGGCUGGAAGUAAACGUCCAGAUAAGGUGAUUGGAAUGCACUACUUCUCCCCGGUAGACAAAAUGCAACUACUAGAAAUAAUAACGCAUAAAGGAACAUCGACUGAUACUAUUAAGACUGCGGUUGAUGUAGGUUUGAAACAAGGUAAAACAGUUAUUAUUGUUGGAGAUGGUCCUGGAUUUUAUACCACAAGGAUUCUAUCAGCUAUGUUAUCUGAAUCUAUCAGAUUGAUGCAGGAAGGCGUGGAUCCAAUGGUCUUAGAUAAAUUGACUAAAAAGUUCGGAUUUCCUGUCGGGCCGGCAACACUAUCAGAUGAAGUCGGUGUUGACGUUGGAGCUCAUAUAAGUGAUUAUCUAGUGACGGUGUUAGGUGACCGCUUUAAAGGUGGAGAUGUAAACAUAAUGGGUGAUAUGGUCAAAUCUGGUUUCCUUGGCCGAAAGUCUGGAAAAGGUAUAUACAUAUAUGAAGCUAAUGUUAAGGAAAGAGAUCUUAAUCCUGGAGCAUUAGAUAUUUUGAAGAAAUACAGACUUGAACCAAAAGGAAGUACAUCUGACGAAGAUCGUCAGUUACGUAUGGUAACUCGAUUUGUUAAUGAAGCAGUACUUUGUUUAGAAGAAAGUAUAUUGGCUAAUCCAUUGGAGGGUGAUGUAGGAGCUGUUUUUGGAUUAGGUUUUCCUCCAUUUACUGGCGGACCUUUCCGCUGGGUAGAUUAUUAUGGGGCCGGAAAUUUAGUGAGAAAGAUGGAAGAAUUCCAGAGUCAUUACGGCGAUACUUUUAAACCAUGCCAAAGUUUGUAUGAUAUGGCAGCUGAUUCCAGCAAAAAAUUCCACAAAAACUGAGUUAAAUGUUGAAUUUGAUACCUAUAACCACGAAGCAGUAAAAUUGAAACUACAUUUUUAAGAUUUUGUAUGUUCAUAACAGUAAUCUGUAUGUAAAGCUACUUUUUGAAAGUGCUAUAUUUUUUUUAUAUAUAUACAUAUAGAUAUAUCUGCUCAGAUUGUUCAAACAUGAUUUGAACUCUCUACAAGAAUCAAUGCAAGUGAACUAUAUAUUUAUUAAAGCAUUUUUAUACAAUUUAUAUCUGAAGAUAUUUUUAAUAUUUUCCACGGCGUACAUGUUAUAGUAUUAAAUAUUAUUUUUUCAAAAUAAUGUGGAGAAACGCGUAAUAGAUGUAUAUAUGUA